GACAGUUUAUAAGCGUCUUUCAAGAGGGGUGAAUGUGCUUUGUGUUGUUUUAUUUUUAACGGUUUGUUGACAAUAAUAAUUAACGUACGCGCUAAGAUAUUGAUAAUUUGUGAACAUUAUUACUUGGUUGAUGUGGAAAGAGUGGCUCGUGCACAAUGGCGACGCAAGCGGAGGUUGGGGUAUCAGAUUUUGUCCUCCUGGACAAUUUGACUACGGACAACUUUAUCGAAAAUUUGCAUUUGAGAUUCCAACACAACAAAAUCUACACAUACAUCGGUGAGGUGCUGGUGUCAGUGAACCCCUACAAGACCCUCGACAUCUACGGGCAGCAGCACAUGGCGCAGUACCGCGGCCGGGAGAUGUUCGAGGUGCCGCCCCACGUAUACGCCGUGGCCGACGCCUGCCAGAGGGUACUGAGGCAGCAGGGCCGAGACACGUGCGUGCUGAUAUCUGGCGAGUCGGGCUCGGGCAAGACGGAGGCGUCCAAGUUCAUCAUGAAGUACAUCGCCGCUAACACCAUGCAGCUGCACCGGGAGUACAUCGACAGAGUUAAAAAUGUGCUGAUCCAGUCGAACUCAAUCCUGGAGACGUUCGGCAACGCCAAGACCAACAGGAACGACAACUCGUCGCGCUUCGGCAAGUACAUGGACAUCCACUUCGACUACAAGGGCGACCCCAUGGGAGGCCACAUCAGCAACUACCUGCUGGAGAAGAGCAGGGUGGUCAGUCUGCAGCCCGGCGAGAGGAACUUCCAUUCCUUCUAUCAGCUUCUCAGUACAAACAACGCGCACACCAAAAAGUUCGGUCUCAGUUCGAGCGCGUCGUACAAGAUAUUGGGCAACGAGCGCACCACCGCACAGGACUCUAAGCUCUACAGCCUCACCAAUAGCGCCUUUAGUGCUUUGGGCUUCUCGUCCUCAGUGGUCGAUGAUAUCUGGAGUAUAGUCGCGGGAGUUAUAUUGUUGGGCGAGCUGACGUUCGCCGAGUCAGCGGACGGGCACCUGAGCGUGGGCGGGCCGGUGAAGGCGUGCGUAGGCGCGCUGGGCGUGUCGCAGGAGGCGCUGCAGGCCGCCAUGGCGGGCCGCAUCCUGUCGGCGGGCGGCGACCUGGUCAGCAAGGAGCACAGCCUGUCCGACGCGCACUACACGCGCCUCGCGCUCGCCAAGGCGGCCUACGACCGCCUCUUCACGUGGAUUGUGCAGCAGAUCAACAAAGCGAUCGAGUCGCCGCAGAACUCGUACCGCAGCUCGCUGAUCGGCGUGCUGGACAUCUACGGCUUCGAGAUCUUCGACACCAACAGCUUCGAGCAGUUCUGCAUCAACUACUGCAACGAGAAGCUGCAGCAGCUCUUCAUCGAGCUGGUGUUGAAGCAGGAGCAAGAGGAGUACGCGCGCGAGGGCAUCCAGUGGACGCCGGUGCAGUACUUCAACAACCGCGUCAUCUGCGAGCUGGUGGACGCGCCGCACCAGGGCAUCAUCGCCAUCAUGGACGAGGCCUGUCUCAACCCUACCAAGAUAUCGGACACGCAGCUGCUGGAGGCGAUGGACAAGCGGCUGAGCGCACACAAGCACUACACGUCGCGCCAGCUGUCGCCCACCGACAAGAAGCUCAAGCACGGCGUCGACUUCAGAGUCACUCACUACGCGGGUGACGUCACGUACGCCAUCACAGGCUUCAUGGACAAGAACAAGGACUCGCUUUGGCAGGACCUCAAGCGGCUGCUGCACGCGUCGCGCAACGCCUCGCUCGCUGCCAUGUGGCCGGAGGGCGGCGCGCAUAUACAGAAGACGUCAAAGCGGCCGCCGUCAGCAGCGACGCUGUUCCGCAACUCCAUGUCGGCGCUGGUGGCGGGGCUCACCAGCAAGGAGCCCUUCUACGUGCGCUGCGUCAAGCCCAACCCCAUGCAGACGUCCGCGCACUGGGACGACCAGCUCGUCCGGCACCAAGUGGCAUACCUGGGGCUGGUGGAGAACGUGCGCGUGCGGCGCGCGGGCUUCGCGUCCCGCCAGCGCUACGACCGCUUCCUCAAGCGCUACAAGAUGCUGUCGCAGUACACGUGGCCCAACUUCCGCGGCGCCAGCGACAAGGAUGCCGUCAUGGUGCUGCUGCGGGACCUGCAGCUCACGGAUGUGCAGUUCGGACAUACUAAGCUGUUCAUCAGGAGCGCGCGGACGGUGCACAGCCUGGAGGCGUCGCGCGCCGAGCUCAUCCCGUCCAUCGUGACGCUGCUGCAGAAGCUGUGGCGCGGCACCGUCGCGCGCAUGCGCUACAGGAAGAUGAAGGCCGCGCUCGUCAUCUUCAACGCUUGGAAACGUUACCGCUUCCGUCGCUACAUUGUGGAGCUGCAGACGGAGUUGCAGAGGCACCGCGGAGUCGUCAAGCGCUGGCCGCCCGCGCCGCGCCGCGUGGCCGUGGCCCUGCUGCAGGGCGCGUACCGCCGCUGGCGCGCCUACCUCACGCUUAAGCCCAUCCCGCGCGAGCAGUGGCCGCAGCUCAAGCUCAAGAUAUCCGCCGCGAGCGCGCUCAAGUCGCGCAGGAGCCAGUGGGGCGCGGCCAGGCUGUGGAAGGGAGACUACCUCGCCAUCAACUCCUAUAACGACAAGGCUGCAUCGUACCAGUCCGCGAUGUCGAGCCUGCACCGGUCGCAGAACGUGGGCAAGGCGCUGUUCUCGUGCAAGGUGCACAAGUUCAACCGGUACAACAAGCUGGCGGAGCGCUGCCUGCUCGUCACCGACACGGCCAUCUACAAGCUGGACGCCGGCUCCUUCAAGCCGCUCAAGAAGCCCACGCCCAUCACUGAGGUGGGCGCUAUCCGCGUGAUGAGCGGCGAGGCGCAGCUGGUGGUGAUCAGCGUGCCGUCGGCGCGGAACGACCUCGUGGUGGGACUGGUGCCCGCCAGGCCGGACCCGCCCGGCGCCGCGCCCGACCUGGUCGGCGAGCUGGUGGGCGUGUUGGCGCACAGGUAUCAUUUACUGACCGGCUCUGAGCUGACAGUGGAGGUGGAGAGCGGCGCCACCACGCGCUGCACCCUGGGCGGCAAGAACAAGGCGCUGCAGCUGCCGGCGCCGUCGCCCGCCACGUCGCCGGCGCACGAGCCCGCCGCGCCGCCCUUCACGCACGCGCACAACGUCAUCACCUACCACCCCGCCUCCGCCAUGGCGUAGCCACAACCCAUGGUACCAUACACCAUAUAUGUAGACGAGAACCGCUAGUGCAUUCAUACAUGUUCACACAAGAACGACUUUUGUACAUGUUUAUAUCUUGCAUCAAACAUGCGCCUCAAAACUGAGGCUAACGGAGUAAAAUAGCUAACUGUCUGGCUAAUUUAAUUUAGCCAUAUUAAAGAACGAAAAUAAUUUAUACAAAUAAUACCUAAAUAUUGUUUACAAUGUCGAGUUGUCUGUUCAGUAAAUCUAAAUGUUAAUAAAUAUAAAAUAUACGUAAACACAAGAUUUCGCAUGUAUGCGCUCAGUGGAGCAGUUAAAAAAUCUCUUGUCGUGGAGAUUUUGUAGCCAUAUCUAAUAGUAUAAAAUAUACCAUUGCAUACAUACAUAGACGUUUUGAUAAUGUGGAAUACACUUUGUAUGUAAAUUUUACAAGUAGUUUGGUAUCACACACACACUACAAAGAACUACGAAUUUUCAAAAAUUGAUGUAUUAAGAUACAGUUUUUCGAGUUUUUCGAUUCAGUCAAAAUUCGAUACAAAAGUGACUCAGAUUGAUGAUAAUAAAUGAAAUUCGUACGUGUACUUAUGUCUGUCAUACGUACACGCGUACAUACUUACCGCGUUUUAUAUAUGAACACCAAAUUGUGUACAAAUAUUACCAAAAAUUUGGUAUGUAACUUGAAUAAACAAGUACGUGCAAUACUUGCGUACUUAUUUUAAAUUUGAAAUCGCUGGCGUAAGAUUAUAAUAAUAUUGAAAAGUUUUCGUUAUUAACGAUACCACCAAUUACUUUUUGUGAUAAAAGUCAGUUUUAGAAUUUAAAAAACAAAUACAUUUUUAUAGAUAGUUUCAGCGUAGCGCACAUUACAUUUUUUGUAAAAUAACAGUCUAUCACACUUUCGUCCGUCCCGAGAACCACACGUUUAUUUCUCAAAUGCUUUACUCAAUGAAGUUGUUUUGUAAAACGCUCUUAAGUCUAGCAGGUUAGGCUGGUUUUAUUCUGAAGGACACUGAGUUAGCGAAUAACUCAGCAUGUGGCAUUUUAUCAAUAUGUCAUGACUAUAUCCGGCAAAAUGAAAAUUAUUUUCUUUUGAUGAAAUAGAUAGAAUAGAGAUAUAAAUAUGAUAUGUCCAUGUACAACAAUUUGUUUAUUGCUACUUGAAAACUGUUUUACCGUACGUUUGUAUGCUCUUUAUAUUAAAGUGUAGUGAGAUAUAUGACAAAAAAAGUUUUAGUCGUAAUAUUAUUUAUAACAUGGCAAGCUUUUCAUGUUUCUAUGAAUUCAAGGCAUUUUUUUGGGUGCAUGUACACCACAGAAUGUCCAAAUUAAAGCAAACAUUUCUUACACAAUCCAAUAUGUAUGCAUCUUUAUUGUGUAUUAUAAUUUUUAGAUACUGUAAAUUACUAAUAUGUAUUUUACGAUGGUACUUAAAAUGUUACGUCCAAAUUUCUAAAGGCUAAAUACCGUGUAAUAUUGUUACCAAUGGAAUUUUGCUAUUUCAAAAAUAGUAAUGAUCAUCACAAAAUAUGUUUACGUUUUUAAAUGAAUUCUAAGUAAUAAUAGUUUAUUUGCAAAUGUUGUUAGUUAGUUUUUGUGCCAAAGUGGCUUAAGGGUCAGCGUAGACCUACGACAAAUUUCGGUAUUUCAUUGUUAUUAAAUCACCGCUUAAACAUGUAGGCAGUGCCUGCUUAGAAAUUUGUAAGAAUGCAUUUCAAAUAAUUAUUUUAAUUUUUGUUAUGUUAAAUUCAUUUGUUUUAAGUAGGUUUCCAUAAAUGCUUUUAUGAAAAUUAAUUUUUCUCUGAGUGUGGUGACUCCACAUUCGGUACAUGAAGUGUGUAAUGCCGCUAGGUCUGCGUUGACCCUAACGCAAUUUUUAGAAUAAUUCAAGUAUAAAUUACAUAUUUAAAUCACAGCAAUGUUUUGGAGAUGACUGAUGUCCUUAUUUUUAAUAGGAUUAUUCAAAUAUUCUUAUGAAUUAAUAAAUAACUUUUUAAAAAUCGGUCAUGUGCGCUAAGUUUAAGUUUGAAUAAUUUCAUUUGAACCAAGUUUUAUUUUGAAAAUAUUUGAACAGUCAAUAACAUGAUAUAUUUUUUUAUUAAUUUAAUGUUUAAUUUAAGGUUAUAGUUAAUUUAUUCGUAGUAUUUUAAUGUAAUAAAGUGAUAAUUUUGUACGACCCGACACUUAUUAUUAUUUUAUUGUUCUAGGGUUUAAUAAUUUAAUUAUUUUUAGGUCCAAAUAAUAACACUUCUUUAUAAUGGCUAUAAUUUUUUGUUAUUUGUGAUUAAUUUAAUACAUAUAAUACACAGCCAGUUAAGGUCAUAUUUCGUGCACUAGGAAGAGAUGCAUAAUAGAUGUCUUCGUCAUAUACAGUAAGAGUCCAGCGGCGUGCAUAGUGCUUUUAACUAGAGUGGGCUCUAUAAUGAAUUGUACAAUUCCUUCUCGCACGGCACUAGAUUUGACUGGUAUGGUUGUCGGUGAAGUAACAGUCGAACAUGAGAUUUAACACCUAUGCAUCAAGAUGGGGGCAGAUUGGGGCAUAGGAUGUCUUCCUAGCUUGAAGAGAUGGCUCACCACUGACCAUCAGGUGGACUGUCAGCUUGUACACGUGUAUUUGUUAAUGUAUCCGAGACGGUAUUACUUACUUAAGUUGAUUAAUUUAAUUUUAUAAAUGUAAUUAUUAUCAUUGUUGAUUAAGCCUCGUAUUCAUUAGUUGGCAAAUUGAUCAAUAAACAGAUGUAUUGAACAUGUUUGUUGUUCGUAGUGAAAUAGAAAUUCAAACACAAAUUAGUGAAAUUUAACACCUAAUGGUGGUUAUUUGUUAUACACACGUGUGUUUUAUUUUUUUUAGCUUCAUUGCCGAAAAACAAAGAUGAAUAUGUCUGUAUGUAGUAAAAAGCUUUUUGGACACUAAAAACAGCAAGAUAUUUGUGUAUAAUGAAAAGUACGUUAUUUAAAAUGUAUACUAAUGAAUACGACGCUUUAUGCGAAUGUGUUACUCAAGGCGUCGUCGGUUGCGUUUUAAUUUGCAUCACUACAAUAAUAGAAUAAUAUUUAAAAAAAAAAAAGUUUUACCCGACUAAUAUGCCAAAUAUGCUUUACUCUAAAAAAGCGAAAAAUAACAUCGUACCUAUGUCCUUUCUAUUGAUCAGUUUGAAGGCGGUGCGGUGGUGGUGUGGAAAGGAAAAUAAACUUUAAGAGCCUAUGUGGCAUAUUACCGCCUUCAAAUUGAUCAAUAGAAGUCGAUUAUUUUUUUGUUGUUAAAAAGAUUUACAAAAAACUAAUUUGAUUUGUGUCUUUCAUUUUUAAAUCUUUUGUGUCCGAGCAUAAUGAUCGAAAGUGCCAGAGUAUGUAUUAUAGUCUGGCAAGUUCAUUGAUGAUAUGCGGGCGACGGGGGGAAAGACUGCGCGGGUGUGAAAUCGUGCGUGCGGGGAAGUGAGGUGCAUCAGUCGUGGCUUUUUGAUUCAUUGCUACACGCCCCACGGCCCGCGCGGACCAUCGGUAGUGUUACGAACGAAGUUGCCAAGCUAUAGUAGUAUACCGUUAGAGAAUAGCUCUGCAGGUAUGUAGCUAUUCGAUUCGGUAACAGUAAUGUGUGGGUCAUCUCCCGAUGAAGUUGGGCGGGGGUAUGACGUUAUCCCCCUGUUCUUGCAACCCCUUUAGGGUCUGAGGCCUUGUCAUUGAAUAAAAAAACUCGAACGACCAACUUUGACGUAUUUAGCACACACUUACAAAAAUCAACAUGUCAAAUGUGCAAUAACUACCUACUGUAUGAUAUCCACAAAGUAUAAUCUUUUACCAAUAAUCUCAAUCACGUAAUUAAAGAAUUACUAGCAAUAGCUCCAAUUGACCAUUUAACAUACGUCAAAGUUAUUGAAUUGGCCAGCAAUCGAAUAGAUAUUAUUUAUUCGCGCACUCGACACUGUUUUGACGCAAACUCUAUCGCAACCGCGUUCGCAUCGCUAUAGCUUCGCUUUCACUGUUGAACAACGAAACGAGUUGUGACAUUUUUAUAAGUAUUAUAUUAUUAUUGUAAUGUAUUUAAUUGUAUGAAUAGUUUGUAUAUAGUUGUUGAGUUGUGUUGUGAGUGAUAACUUGUGCCUUCACGUGGUGCCAUGCGGUCUGUACGGUGAUACAGUAAUAAACGACCUUCAUAUUUACUUUUUA